AUGGGCGCGUGCACAUCAAGACGGCGCCAUCACGUCUCGGAGUUGAUGGACGAUGAGAUUGCCGCGAUUCGAGAAGUUUGGGUCAAGGCGAAAAACGAGGACGUCGGCAAGAAAAUCCUGCAGACGCUCAUCGAAAAACGGCCAAAAUUCGCCGAAUACUUCGGGAUCCACUCAGAAUCGCUGGAUAUGAAAGUGCUCGUACAAGUCAAGGAAUUUCAGUUGCAGGCCCACCGUAUCCAGAAUUUUCUCGACACCGCCGUGGGAUCCCUGGGCUUCUGCCCAAUCUCAUCUGUUUAUGAUAUGGCCCAUAGAAUUGGGCAGAUACAUUUUUACAGAGGCGUGAAUUUCGGGGCGGAGAAUUGGCUCGUCUUCAAGAAGGUCACCGUGGAUCAGGAUCUUACGAAUUCUUAUUCUGGCGGAAAUUACCUGGCCAAACAGGGCUGGAAUAAACUGAUGACCGUCAUUGUCAGGGAGAUGAAGAAAGGUUUCCUCGAGGAGGCGAUGCGAAAUUGCCGCGAAGAGGACAACCUUCCCAUAUUUUCCACGGCCAAUGUU